UUAACUUCAGUGUUGCACGUAACAACCCCACAGUUGACCGUGGUGUGCACUAGAGGAAAGAUGGGCUUUCUUCCAGACUUUUCCAUUGAAACCUGGACGUUAAUAGCAUUUCUCUUUACUCUCCUCGCAGUAUAUGGAUAUGCUCCAUAUGGCUUUUUCAAGAAACUAGGCAUCCCUGGCCCCAAACCUUGGCCCUUUAUUGGGACAUUUUUGGCGUACAGAAAGGGCAUUCAUAACUUUGACAGAGAAUGCUUCCAGAAAUAUGGACAGGUGUGGGGGAUCUACGAUGGCAGGCAGCCUAUGUUGUGCAUAAUGGACACAGCUAUGAUCAAAACAAUCUUGGUGAAGGAGUGUUAUUCUGUCUUUACCAACAGACGGGAUCUAGGCCUAAAUGGACCACUACGUGAUGCUGUAUCAGUAGUAGAAGAUGAGAGAUGGAAAAGGAUUCGCGGUGUACUCUCACCUUCAUUCACCACCGGACGACUGAAAGAGAUGUACAGGAUAAUGUUGCAGCAUUCAAGUAACCUGCUCAAUUGUCUUCGCGAGAAAGUCAAGGCAGAUGAAGUCAUCGAGGUUAAAGAAGUAUUUGGACCUUACAGUAUGGAUGUUGUGACCAGCACUGCCUUCAGUGUAGACAUUGAUUCCAUCAACCGACCCUCUGAUCCUUUUGUAGCAAACAUUAAGAAAAUGGUCAAGUUCAACUUGCUGAAUCCAUUGCUUGUGGUUCUGGUUCUGUUUCCAUUCUUGGGACCACUUUUUGAGAAGAUGAAUUUUUCAUUCUUCCCUGCUGAAGUGUUGGAAUUCUUCUACAGCUUUCUAAGAAAGAUCAAAUCAGAGCGGCAUAAGAAUCAACACAAAAACCGAGUGGACUUCAUGCAACUGAUGGUUGAUGCUCAGAAUUCAGAAAACAACAAAGACGAUAUGAGUUCAACACAAGGGCUGACUGAUAGUGAGGUCCUUUCUCAGGCCAUGAUAUUUAUCUUUGCUGGCUAUGAAACCAGUAGCAGCACACUUGGAUUUGUAGCCUACUGCCUGGCAACCAACCCUGAGACCCAAAAGACCCUGCAAAAGGAGAUUGAUGAAACCUUCCCAGAAAAGGGUAGGCCAACCUAUGAAGCCCUGAUGCAGAUGGAAUACAUGGACAUGGUGGUGAAUGAGUCAAUGAGGCUGUACCCUAUUGCUAAUCGGUUAGAGAGAAUGUCAAAGGCUUCAGUGGAAAUUAAUGGUGUGAGCAUCCCGAAAGGAACUGGCAUUGUGAUACCAGUUUAUUCUCUGCAUCUUAAUCCUGCUUUGUGGCCUGAGCCUGAAGCCUUCAAACCUGAAAGGUUCAGCAAAGAGAAUAAGGACGACAUAGAUCCUUAUACCUUUUUACCCUUUGGAGCAGGGCCAAGGAACUGUAUUGGCAUGCGAUUUGCUCUCUUGAUGAUGAAGUUGGCCAUAGUGGAAAUCCUUCAGGACUUCAGCUUUGUCACCUGCAAGGAGACUGAGAUUCCACUGGAGCUGGGAGGUGAUGGAUUUAUCACACCCAAGAAUCCCAUCAAGCUGAAGCUGGAGCCCAGAGCAACUGUUGCUGAUUCUCCCUCAAGUUAACUCUGAUUAUCUAUAACUUGGCAGUUCUUACUUUAAUUUGCUUCACUGUCAUCACCACUUUCAGUGCCAUAUAUCAAUAGUAACAGCAGUGAAAUACAGUACAAUUUCCUCUUGAUGUAUUUUAACCAACUAUAUAGUCUGCUGUAAUCAUUUUGAUUUUGAUGUGCAGUUUAAAAAUGCCUGUACUUCGAGCUUUGCUGUACUCUGAUCCUCUUUUCACAAGGUAAUGAAGUUGGAGUUCAGAGCUUGUCACAAAGUGCAGAUGAGUGGACUUGGCUCAGGAAACUGUAAACAGGCAUGAUCUCAGUCUCGUCCUUUGGACUGGCAUGAUGUAUCCUGUGUCAUACACACUCCACUCAUGGCAUCACAGACAUAAAUGAUGCUCAGAAUCACAUCAUAUUUGUGAUUGUUGUUGUUAUGUUUCUAAUACAAGUGUUUAAUUUGGUCAUUGUGGUAUCUGUAUCUAAUUUUGGAAUGUUUAACUAGGUGCAUUUAAUUUAAAGGCAGUCUUUAUACAUUUACUUGUGUCAUCUAAGGUGCUUGAACUUGUUGAACUUGUUUUAUGUUAUUUCUAAUCUACUACCUCCAGAGAGGUUUUUACUUUUUACUCCAUCAUGAUUACAUGAUACCUAUAGUCAGAAUUACUUUGCGAAAUACGAUUUUUCAAAUAAAAUAUAUGAUCCA